AUGCAACUCUUCCUGAUACUACGUCCGGCCGACAAGACACUGAUCAUGCACAUGGACUUUAUGGGGGCCGUGAACGAGCUGAUUAGGUACUCGACGCAAGUUACCCCGACGAUGCAAGAGGCGCACGAGUUGAAGCACACGCUAAAUGUUCUAGAUCAAGCGAAGAUUAAGGUCUGGUAUGUGCCCGGACAUGAAGAGAAGUUCCUGGGCACGUCUAAGUUCAACGGAAAAGCGUGGAAACAAAAUAGAAAUUUUCUUUUGACCGUGUUUGAGGACUUGGGCUUCGGGAAGCCUUCCAUCGAAGAUCAUAUCAUGGAAGAGUUGCAGGAGCUGAUUAGUCAAUUAUCAAACACUGCGGGGUGCCUGAUCAACGUCAAAGAUUACAUCACAGAAAGCGUGUCCAACAUCAUCGCUGCAGUUAUGUUUGGAUCCAGAUUCGAAACUGGCGAGACAACACACAAAUGCUUAGUCAAGCACCUGAAAAAUAUCCUGGAUGGUGGCGAAUUCGGCUUGCCGGUAGAAACUGAACCGAAGUGGCUCAGUAGAGUCAUGGCCAGUCUUCGCUUAAAUAAACCAGAAGGCAAGCGAGAAUCUUGGCUCGCAAUACGAGAGUUAGUCAGAGAGAAAAUCACAGAACACAAGAAUACACUGAAUCCAGACUUGAAUCGAGACUUCAUCGAUGGCUACUUGCAAAAGAUGAGAGAACAUCAUGCUGACCCGACCUCUCCCUUCAGCGAAGAAAAACUACAGGAACAUACCGCGGAAUUCCUUCUGUCCGGCACGGGUCCACUUUCUAUGAGAAUCUCCUGGGUUCUUCACAUUUGUGCCCAUAAUCCGAACUCGGUGCAGUUCAAGAUUCAGAAGGAAAUCGAUGACGUCGUCGGUCGUCACCGACCACCUGCUUGGGAGGACCGCAAGGAGAUGCCCUUCACCUUGGCCAGCUUGAAAGAGGCAUUGCGAUGGAUCUCGGUAGGAACCAUCGGGUGCUCCAGAAGUGUACCAGAAGACACAAUUAUUGGCGACUACUUCAUUCCGAAAGGCAGUAUAGCCUUGAUAAAUGUGAGGGCGGUGCUCAGAAACCCGGCGUACUGGAGCAAUCCGGAUGAUUUUGACCCAACAAGAUUUCUGACGAAUGACGGCGAUAAACUCGAGAAGAAGGUGGAUGCCUUUAUACCAUUCGGAGUUGGAAGGAGAAGUUGUCCAGGUCAAAGUUUGGCCAUCGUCGAGAUGUUCCUGUACAUCGCUACGCUUCUGCAGAAGUUCAGCGUCUUCCCCGAGUACAGAGACCAGCUCGUCAACAUCGGCUCCGCCAACGCAACGGCAGAUACGUUUGUUCAGAGAUUGCGUUUUGUCUUGAGGUAACCUUCGCGCUAAGGAAGCAAAAUAUUCAGGGCAGUUAACGAGCGGACAAAACAUAAU